UGAGGCAGCUGAGAGACUAGAGGGGGGAAAGGCUGGUGCUUCAAGCUGCUAGUCCAGAGAGCGCCAUCCACCCGCUGAUCAGAAGCUCCAGGGGGCUGCCCGGCAUGAGAGUCUCAUAAAGGAGUUCUGUGCAACAAGGAACAAACUUCUCCAGCGUCUGAAAGUUUCCUAUGUGGCUGCCCUGCCUGCCAACAUGAAAGACGAUUUUGCAGAAGAGGAGGAGGUUCAGUCCUUUGGCUAUAAGAGGUUUGGCAUUCAAGAAGGAACACAAUGCACCAAGUGUAAAAGCAACUGGGCACUGAAGUUUUCCAUCAUACUGUUGUAUAUAUUAUGUGCCUUGUUAACAAUAACAGUAGCCAUUCUUGGAUACAAAGUUGUAGAAAAAAUGGACAAUGUUACUGGAGGAAUGGAAAAUUCACAUAAAAGAUACGCUGAGAAACUCACAACAGUGGAGGGUGACCUGAAAAAAUUGGAUUACCAAGCUGCGGAGAAAGCUGUGAGCACCAACACAGAGCUUUCAAGCUUCAAGGCUGACAUUCUCGCCCUCCGCCAACAGCUUCAUGAGAUUUCAGAGAAAACAGCAAAGAACAAAGAUACACUGGAGAAGUUGCAGGAGUCUGGGAACAUGUUAGAUGAGCGGCAGAGCCAAAUGAAAGGUGUUUUGGAUAGCAACUCUUUCAUGAUUUUAAGUGUCAACAAAACUCUACAAGCUUACAAUGGCUACAUCAACGACCUUCAGAAAGACACGAGUAACAUUCAGACAAGUUUGCAAAGUCAAAUGCACUCACAUAACAUAGUCAUCAUGAAUCUGAACAAUCUCAAUCAGACCCAAGUUCAGCAAAGAGAUCUUAUUAGUGCUUUGCAGAGAUCUGUGGAUGAUACAAGUCAAGCUAUCCAAAGGAUCAAAAGCGACUUUCAAAACCUUCAGCAGGUUGCCCUCCAAGCACGGAAGGACACAGACUGGCUCAAAGAGAAAGUGCAGAAUUUGCAGACAUUAGCAGCCAAUAACUCAGCUUUGGCCAAAGCUAAUAAUGAUACACUUGAGGAUAUGAGUAGUCAGCUUAGCUCAUUCAGUGGACAGAUGGAGAACAUCACCACUAUUGCCCAAGCCAAUGAACAAAGUUUGAAGGAGCUCCAAGAACACCAUAAAGAAUAUGAAAAUGGAACAUCUGCCAAGUUUAGCCAGCAAGAAGACCGAUUUCAAAACUUUGAGAAAGAUAUUGUCAACAUCAUUAGUAAUAUUAGCUACACGGCUCAUCACUUGCGGACACUAACUAGCAACCUCAACGAUGUCCGGACAACAUGCACAGAUACUCUUAGUAAACAUACAGACGAGCUGACUUUUAUGAACAACACAUUAGCAAAUAUUCACCUGGAUGCGACUGCUCUCAGGAUGCAACAGGACGUGAUGAGGACAAGAUUAGAUAUUGAAGUAUCCAAUUUAUCUGUAGUAAUGGAAGAAAUGAAGUUGGUAGAUUCUAAACAUGGCCAGCUCAUUAAGAAUUUCACAAUACUACAAGGACCUCCAGGCCCAAGAGGUCCCAAGGGGGACAGAGGGCCCCAAGGGCCUACUGGCCUUACUGGGCCCAAGGGACAAAAAGGAGAAAAAGGUGAACCAGGACCACCAGGACCUCAAGGUGAAAAGGGACCAAUUGGACCAGCCGGACCACCAGGUGAAAAAGGCGGGAAAGGUUCCAGAGGUUCACCUGGAUCCAAAGGCCAGAGAGGUUCAACAGGGAAGACUGGUCUGCCAGGACCUAGUGGAGAACCAGGACUACCUGGACCACCUGGCAAAGAUGGCCCCCCUGGCCCACAGGGCCCCCCUGGACCACAAGGUCUACAAGGAAUUGUUGGGGAGCCAGGAAUACCUGGUCCACGUGGGUUGCCUGGUCUGCCUGGCGCACCUGGAAUGCGUGGACUACAGGGCCUACCUGGACCUCCUGGCCCACCAGGUCCAGGAAUACCGGUGGCACUACAAAGCGAGGCUAAUGGUUGUCCUGUUUACUGGAAGAAUUUUUCGGGCAAUUGUUACUACUUUUCAUCGGAAAGAGCCAUUUUUGAAGACUCAAAGGCUUUCUGUGAAGAAAAAUCAUCACAUUUGGUUUUUAUAAACAGUAAAGAGGAGCAGCAAUGGCUUAAAAAACAAGUUGUUGCAAAAGGCAGCUUCUGGAUUGGCCUCACGGACUCAGUGAAAGAAGAUGAAUGGCGAUGGCUGGAUGGAACCUUACCAGAAUAUAUAAACUGGAGCGCUGGACAACCCGAUAACUGGAAACAUGGCCAUGGACCUGGGGAAGAUUGUGCUGGGUUAAUCCAUGCUGGGCUUUGGAACGACUUUCACUGUGAAGAUGUUAAUAGUUUUAUUUGUGAGCAGGAGAUGGACAAAGCUGAAGCUCUGGGAUUGUAAUAGGCUGUGAACCUUAUAAGAGACACAAAUGAGUGAGAUUUCCUGAAUGAUGAAGUAUCCUCUGGGACAGAACCAUCACCCAACCAAAAGGGGGAGCACUGAGAACAUUGAUGAAAAAAAUUCAUCAGCACAAUUCGUCCGCCUUAUCUUCUAAUUUUUCAGGGGCUUUACAACUUGUUGCACAAACGCAUCAAUUGGAAAUACAAUUGGACUAAACCAGCUAUAGAUCCUCUUCAACCACAAAACAUGCAAAUGCUGAAGAUUUAUAAAACAAUGGACUAUGCCAAGCUGACUACAAAUCAUGACUUUUCCACAGGAAGAAAAA